AUGUCGGAUACUCCUCAGAAGCCUCUCCCCUUCGCCUACCAGUUCGUCGCCGGUGCGGUGGCUGGUGUCUCGGAGAUUCUCGUGAUGUACCCAUUGGACGUGGUCAAAACCCGAGUUCAAUUGCAAUCGGGUGCGGCAGUCGGUGAGGAAGCAUACACUGGCAUGUUCGACUGUCUGCGCAAGAUCGUCAAGCAUGAAGGUUUCUCCCGUCUAUAUCGUGGAAUCAGCGCCCCGAUCCUGAUGGAAGCGCCCAAGCGAGCGACCAAAUUCGCAGCCAAUGACAGCUGGGGAACAUUCUACCGGGGGCUUUUCGGCGUGGAGAAGCAGACGCAGAGUCUGGCUGUGUUGACGGGCGCGACGGCCGGUGCUACGGAAUCAUUCGUCGUAGUGCCAUUCGAACUGGUGAAGAUUCGUCUACAGGACAAGGCAUCGGCCGGAAAAUACAAUGGCAUGUUGGACGUGGUGAAGAAGAUCGUUCAGACCGAGGGUCCCCUGGCCAUGUACAACGGUCUGGAAUCAACCCUUUGGCGUCACAUCCUCUGGAACAGUGGCUACUUCGGAUGUAUCUUCCAGGUGCGGGCACAGAUGCCCCCCGCCGAAGCGGGUAACAAGGCCCAGCAGACUCGCAACGAUCUCAUCGCCGGUUCAAUCGGUGGUACCGCCGGUACUAUCCUGAACACCCCUAUGGAUGUCGUCAAGUCGCGGAUUCAGAAUAGCCCCAAGGUCCCCGGUCAGACCCCCAAGUAUAACUGGGCUUGGCCUGCCGUCGGUACCGUCAUGAAGGAGGAGGGUUUCGCCGCCCUCUACAAGGGUUUCGUUCCAAAAGUUCUUCGUUUGGGUCCCGGUGGUGGUAUCCUCCUGGUUGUCUUCACCGGCGUUAUGGACUUUUUCCGUAAGAUUCGUGGCGAGUAA